AUGACAUCCAACAUCCCCGAAAUCCUCCUUCUAUGUAUGGACUCCGACUUCAUUGCCGCCUUCAAUUCCGCCAUGACCAACAUCUGGCCAAACCAUGUGGACAAGAUAAAAAUCAAAACCGUAAACGAGCGCCUAAACAGCAUCCCGGCCUCAACAACCUUCGACCUAAUCGUCUCCCCCGCAAAUUCCUACGGCCGCCUAGACGGCGCCUUCGACCACGCAAUCUCAAUGACCUUCAGCCCCCACCACGACUACCACGCCCUAACCCGCGCAGCCCAGCUAGUCCUCUACGACAAAUACCGAGGCUUCGCCCCACCAGGCUCCUGCACUCUUGUCGAAUUCCCCGCACCACUCAAACAGAACCCGCGCGGCUGUUCCUGGGUAGCUCUUUGCCCGACUAUGCGGGAACCGGACGAUGUGAAUUGGGACCGCGAGGUUGUGUUCGAGUGUACGUGGAGUUUGCUAUGUCAGGUUGAGGGACAUAAUCGGAAAGUUAGUGAGAGGCGUCACGGUACUGGGUCGGCGAGGAUUGAGAGGCUGCUUAUGACGCCGCUGGCGGUUGGUGUUGGGAAGGUGAGUAAGGAGCGGUGGGCGGCGCAGACGGUUUUGGCGUUUAAGCAGUUUGUGGAGGCUGUUGAGAAUCCGGGGGAGUGGAGUGCAUUGCAGUGGGGCCGUAUUGAGAGGAUUGCGAAUGAGAUUAAUGAGACUUGGAAGGAUAAUUGA